AUGGGUCUGCUCGUGGAAGGCAGUCCGCUGGACUGGCCCGACGCCCUGGAGUGGCUGCAGCACGUGCGCACGCAGGGCAUCGACCAGUUCCUGCACACGUACCGGCGCGUCAAGGACAUCGAGGGCGACGAGCUCAAGUGGGGCGACGAGCUCGAGUACGGCGUCUUCCAGAUGGACAAGGACAGCAAGCGCGCGCGCCUGGCGCUGCGCGGCGCCGAGAUCCUGCACCAGCUGCAGGCCAAGGAGAAGCAGUCCAAGGAGCAGGGCCGCGACCCGGCCAGCCCCACGGGUGCCGCCACCGCUGGCCCGCAGCCCUGCGUGGACGGCUGCAACUGGGUGCCUGAGUACGGCGCCUGGAUGAUCGAGGGCACGCCCAGCGCGCCGUACGGAGGCUUCACCAGCGACCUGCGCAAGGUCGAGGGCAACAUGCGGCUGCGGCGCGCGCGGCUGCUGGCGCUGCUGCACGAGGACGAGAUCGCGCCGUCCGUCACGGCCUUCCCCAUGAUGGGCGUGGGCGACUUCACGGUGCCGCCCAGCCAGCCGCACGGCCCCGUGGCCAUGUCAGACUACAUCAGCGACGUCGUGAUCAACCCGCACCCGCGCUUCGCCACGCUCACGCGGAACAUCCGCCAGCGCCGCACGCGCAAGGUAGACAUCCGCGUGCCGGUCUUUCAGGACGUGUACACGGAGGCGAGGCAGGAGGAGGAGCAGGCCUUGUGGAACGCCGAGAAGUCGCGCCCCCACUACGAGUCCAAGAGAGACGUGUCGUCCUCCUCGUCGAGUCCGUACGGCUCGGCGCCCACGUCGCCCAGCUCCACGUCCAACUCGGACGAUAACGCGGACGCCAUGUCAAAGUCCCCUUCCCCGCCGACGACGCUGAGGAAAACCCUGGACCACGAGCGCACGCGCAAGCUCUCGACGGUGGACAACGACCACAAGGCUGAGCCGUACCCGGGCUUCAUCCACAUGGACGCCAUGGCUUUUGGCAUGGGCAUGUGCUGCCUGCAGGUGACCUUCCAAGCCAAGAACGUGGGUGAAUCGAGACACUUGUACGAUCACCUGGGUGUCCUCUCGCCCAUAUUGCUGGCGUUGACAGCUGCCACGCCUAUCUUGAAGGGUCGACUGGCUGACACCGAUGUUCGUUGGGCUACGAUCUCCGCCGCGGUGGACGACCGCACGCCCCAGGAGCUCGGCGAGGCCCCACCCCCGACGGAUGAAGAGACCAAGGCCAAGUACGCCAAAAUGGCCGGCAACGGCGUGAAGCGUCUCCCCAAGUCGCGCUACGAAGGCAUUUCGACGUUCAUCUGCAACCACAAGCAGGGAGAGGAUCCGCACACGCUCACGGACAAGUACAACGACGUCGACGUCCCCUAUGAUGAAGACUCGUACAAGACUCUGAUCGACGCCGGCGUGGACCACCUCCUCGCCCUCCACAUCUCGCACCUGUUCAUCCGCGACCCUCUUGUCAUCUACCAGCAGCGCCUGCACCUCGACAACGAGCGCGAGACGGACCACUUCGAGAACAUCCAGUCCACGAACUGGCAGACCGUGCGCUGGAAACCGCCUCCGCCGGCCCCGUCGAGUACCGAGGGCCCCCACAUCGGCUGGCGUACGGAGUUCCGCUCCAUGGAGAUCCAGCUGACGGACUUCGAGAACGCUGCCUUCACGGUGUUCAUUGCCCUGGUGUCGCGCGUGAUUCUCACAUUUGACCUGAACCUGUACACCCCGCUGUCCAAGGUGAACGACAACAUGGAGGCUGCCCACCGCGUGAACGCUGUGCUGGACGAGAAGUUCCACUUCCGCUGCCAUAUGGCCCCUCCUGAGAAGGAGGACUGCUCCUCGACGGGUGGUUGCCACCUGCACGAGGACCCUGAUGCUUGCGAGCUCAUGACCAUUGCGGAGAUCAUGCUGGGCAAGGGUUCGUACUUCCCCGGCCUCAUUCCGCUGGUGUACGCCUACCUGGACUACAUUGAGUGCGACGAAGCCACGCGCACGCUCGUGGAGAAGUACAUGUGCCUCAUUGCCAAGCGCGCAACGGGCGAGCUGCCCACAGCGGCCACCUGGAUGCGUCGAUUCGUGCGCGCCCACCCCGACUACCGCCACGACUCGGCGGUGCCUCACUCGACGGCGUUCGACCUGCUGAACGAAUGCCAGCUGAUUGGCGAGGGUCUGAAGCAGUGCCCGGAGCUGCUGGGCGAGUUCAAGAUCGCUCCCGUGCGUGGCCAAGCGGCUUACCGCGUACCCCUGAAGAGCAGUGGAGUUGCCGCUGAGAAGCGCCAGGCUCUGCUGCAGCGCUACCUGGGCCGCACGGCCUCGAACGUGUUCGUGAGUACUUCGCACUGCUUCUUCCCUACGACCCCAGCCAAGUCGUACGUGUCCGAGACUGCAGUCGACCGUCCCACCAAGCAGGAGAGAUCGUUGCCGUUCGCUCCCGCACGCUUCGAGCAGGACGCGCCCGUGCCGCGCAACCCGCCGCCCAAGCCCAAACGUUCCAACGUGCCGACGGCACCACCGGACUACUCUGACGACACGUACUCGGACCAGGACUACAACAUGUCGCCCAUUCGACGAGGACGUCACCACAUGAACCGACAAAAUGGCGGGUCUCCUCCGUUGACGCCGAACUACACCGUGCCCCGCCAGGUUAAAGUCCCCAUCAUUGAUGCCGAGCCGGAAACCACAAUCGGUGCCGCCGUGAAGAUGAAGGGAGAGCUCAGUUUCGAGCGGCUGCUACGAAUCGAAGGGGAGUUCGAGGGCAAGCUCAACUCGAAGGGCUCUCUCGUCAUCGGUACCCGCGGAGCUCUCCUUGGAAACGUUGACAACAUGAAGGAAGUCUAUGUCACCGGCGGUCGGAUCGUGGGCAACAUCAACGUAGAGAAGCUCGUGCUGCGCGACAAGGCCCAAGUGUUUGGCAACAUCACCGCCAAGACGGUCAAGAUUGAACCCGAGUGCAUCGUUGUCGGACGGAUCAACGUGAACCCGCAGGCACCCGAGCGUAUCAACGAAAAGGGCGAGAUCGUCAAGGAUGACCCACCUGACAGCACACCUUCAAGCUAG